AUGGAAGGUGUGACGCUUCAAGCAUGCUUGGCCAUCGUCAUGUUCCUGACAACCUUCAUUGCCGGUCUGGUCCCGCUAAAAGUAAGCAAAAGCCGUUCCGUUUUGGUCUCCAACGUACCUUGAGAGGCUUCGUGAUAUCUGUAAAGCAAAAAAAAUAUAACUUUAGAUGCUAGAAUCGUCUUUUAAAUUUUUACGAAAAUUUAUGGUUAUUUUUUAGUGUAAUUUAGCCUACGAAAAAACCAUGAAUUUUUGUCAGAAAUCAACCUUUUCCCUAAGGGCUUUUAAUAGAGAAACCGUUGUAGAAGAGUGAUAAAAAUUGUAGCAUGACCUACUCUGAACGUAGUAGAAGCGGUGUAACUGCAAAUUUAACAUAUUUGAUUUCAGCUGCUCCGAUACAUGGCCAAACAAGGAGCUCAUGCUCAACGUCGACAUUCCUGGGUUCUAACGCUCCUCUCCUGUUUUGCCGGAGGAGUUUUCUUGGGGACUUGUUUCUUGGACAUUUUCCCUCAUGUCAAGUGAGUUGAUAUACUGCUGAUAUUUUCCCAAAGUUUAGGGUCUCUCGAAAAUUUUCAAAUUUUCGGGGAUUUUGACAAGUGUCCAAAAAAUGUGUCAUAAUGACAGAAUAAAAUGAAAUUUCGAUUUCAGUGGCAACUUUGACAAGUACAAGGACACGUACGGAUGGAAGUUCGCCUAUCCCUUGCCCGAAUUUUUGGCUUGCAUGGGCUUCUUUCUGGUCUACUUCUUCGAAGAGAUCAGCCUCAAAGUUUUCUCUUCGCACGGCCACACGCAUGGCCCAGCGCCUCCACCGCAGUAAGCGAAUACGAACUGUUGCUCAACACAUAUUCUGCAACUAUUUUUGCAACAAUUUUCAAGACUUUGAGCAUAAAAUUUCCAUAUUUUAGGUCAUUUACCCCGUCUGUUGGGCAAAAUGAGAAAUCGAACGGAGUGAAUGGGUCGACAACUGUUGAUGUCGCCGAAAUUGAUGAUGAAGGCUACCCGGUGGAUCGGAAGUUCAGCGGCGUUGAGCCCUACCCAGCCGUUCUCACGCACGAGUAAGUCUUUGGAAAUUUUGCACAGUGCGAAGAAAAAAUUUGCGGAAUUUUUUUGCACUGUGCAGUGAAACUUUUCCAAUUUUGUCGCUACAAAAUGCGACAAGCUCAGGCCCGUUUGCUGUGCAUUUUUUGAACACAAACUUUCGGUGUUGCACAGUGCAAAAUCAAAAAUAUGUAUUUUGCACUGUGCGGUUUAGAGUUUUCCUGGAUUUUUGGGAAAUAUCAUAUUUUUAAAUAUUUUUUUUGAAUAUUAUUUUCAACGGUGCAUCUAACUAGACACCUCCACAAAUUUUCGAACUUUUUAGUCCACCGAUUUUUUCAAAAUUCGAUUUUUUUGUCACUGCACUGUGCAGAAAAAUUUUAAUGGUUUUUUGAGAGUAUCGGUGAACUUUUUUACUUUUUCGAUUUCUACGUCUAAGAACAGACGUAAUUACAUCAUCUCGCAAAAAAACAAAAUUUUUAGUUUCCCGUUUUUUUCAAAAUUCGAAUUUUUUUGUCACUGCACUGUGCAGAAAGUCUUAAUGUUUUUUUGAGGGUAUCGGUAAACUUUUUUUACUUUUUCGAUUUCUACGUCUAAGAAUAGAUGUAAUUACAUUAACUUACAAAAAAAUCAAAAUUUUUAGUCAUCCUGUUUUUUCAAAAUUCGAUUUUUUUGUCACUGCACUGUGCAGAAAAAUUUUAAUGGUUUUUUGAGGGUAUCGGUGAACUUUUUUUGCUUUUUCGAUUUCUACGCCUAAGAAUAGAUGUAAUUACAUUAACUUACAAAAAAAUCAAAAUUUUUAGUCAUCCUGUUUUUUCAAAAUUCGAUUUUUUUGUCACUGCACUGUGCAGAAAAAUUUUAAUGGUUUUUUGAGGGUAUCGGUGAACUUUUUUUGCUUUUUCGAUUUCUACGCCUAAGAAUAGAUGUAAUUACAUUAACUUACAAAAAACUCAAAAUUUUUUAGUCAUCCGAAUUUUUCGAAGUUCGAUUUUUUUGUCACCGCACUGUGCAGUCGACUCUCCAUUCUCGUUGAUCGAAAAAUACGACGUUUUUGCAUUUCAGACACGUCAUGGACGAGAGCGUGCGCUACGUGAAUUCGGACUCAGCCAACGGCGGCAUCCUGAAGUCGAUAACGUUUGCCUUUGUGAUGUCCUUCCAUUCAAUUUUGGAGGGAUUUGCGCUCGGGGUGCAGGAGGAGAAGUCGGGAAUUAUCACGCUGUUCAUCUCUCUGAUCAUCCACAAGGGUAUUGAGGCCUUCAGUGUGGGGCUUCAAGUCUCCAGGGGUAUCAAUUCGAGUAAGAAAAAGAAGAAGAUCCUCGCCAAUAUCCUCACAAUCUGCAUUUACGCCCUAAUGACGCCGGUUGGCUCAAUGCUGGGCGUCCUUCUAACCACCUGGGACAUUGAUCCGAUCAAGAGGGACCUGUUUGUCAUCAUUCUGGAGGGUUGUGCCGCCGGGACCUUCAUUUACGUCACGUUCUUCGAGGUGUUGGCCCAAGAGAAGGCGAAUGACCACUCAAAUUUGAUCCAAUUGGCCGCUAUUGUCCUUGGAUUUGCGUGCAUUGCACUGCUCCAGCUUCAAGAACAUCUUGGAGGGUGAGUUGGAAAAGUUUUGGCGAGUUUUAUUCCGGAAAAAAUCGAGAAAUGUCGAAAAUUGGGCGAAAUUGGACGACUGCACUGUGCAAAACGAAAAAUUUUGCGUAAUGCACAGAGAAAAUGGAAUUUUAGAAUGGGAAAUGAUUUGCAUCAACUCCCCACGUUAUAAUGAAGCCUCUGAAAUCUUAAGUGGCCCGAAAUUUUAUCGCACAGUGCGGAAAAAUCAAGUUCUAGAGACUGCACUGUGCAGUGGAAACUUUGGUACAUUAUGCGUUGCGAAUCAAAAAUUUUUGAUACGAAAAUGAUGUCUGCGUAUCGUAAACUAUCAUAAAUAAUUUCUAAAUCAACUGCAAUCAGGAUUUUACUCCACAGCGCGGAAAAUUUUGCGUUUCUUUGAGUUGCACCGUGCUCUUCGAUUUUUUGUGAAGUGUGCGGCCAAGUUCGAAAGCCCGCAGAAAAAUACGAGCAAGCAUGGAUUACUGUAGUCCUAGGAUGAGAGAAAAUUGAAAAAUUUUUUUCCACUGUUCUUGCCGUUGCCAAAAUCCCAGCUUUUUCAGGGGGCACUGUGCAAAUUUCACCAAUUUCACCUUUUUUUCGAAAAGUGGCAAACACAAAGCAAAUGGGCCAAACCCAAUUUCCUAAUAACCAAACUUUCAGCGAUGGACAUGGUCAUGCUCAUGGUUAG